CCACGCCACCUGCGAGGACUCGGACCCAUGUGCCCCACGCGCCUGCCGGCCGCUCCCGGGGCUCUGCUUUCACUUUCGGUCCCGGGGAGGAAGCAGGCGGCGGCGGCACGAGGGUGAGCUCGCUGGGUCCCAGACCCCAGGAACUCCGUACAUUUGAUAGGUGGGGAGCAAGGCUUGUCCCCCACUACGGAAGCUGCAAAGUCCAGAUUCUUUCUGCACCUCCUUGCCUGUUUGAGCAAAGAAGAUGAUAUCUCUGUCCGUCAAAUGGCCACUUGGAACCAUGUCAUUUCUACUUUCUUCACUGUUGAUUCUCUUAACUGUGUCAACUCCCUCCUGGGUUCAGAGUAGUGAAACUACAUCUCCAAAAGCUAGUGAUGGGACACCAUUUCCUUGGAAUAAAAUGCGACUUCCUGAGCACAUCAUCCCAGGUCAUUAUGAUCUUAUGAUCCAUGCGAAUCUCACCACUCUGACUUUCAAGGGAACCACUGCAAUAGAAAUCACAGCCAGCCAGCCCACCAGUGCCAUCAUCCUGCAUAGUAACCACCUGCAAAUAUCUAAGGCCACCCUCAAGAAGGGAACUGGAGAGAGGCAGCCUCCUGAAGAACCACUGAGAGUCCUGGAAUACCCGCCUCACGAGCAAAUCGCACUUCUGGCUCCCGAGCCUCUGGUUGUUGGGCUCCCUUACACAAUUGUCAUUGAGUACACUGGCAAUCUUUCUGAGACUUUUCAUGGAUUUUAUAAGAGCACCUACAGAACCAAGGAAGGGGAAGAGAGGAUCCUUGCAUCAACACAGUUUGAACCUGUCGCAGCCAGAAUGGCCUUUCCCUGCUUUGACGAACCUGCCUUCAAAGCAAGCUUUUUAAUCAAGAUCAGAAGGGAGCCACGGCACCUUGCCAUCUCCAAUAUGCCCCUGGUUAAGUCCGUGACUGUUGCUGAAGGACUCAUAGAAGACCAUUUUGAUGUCACCGUGAAGAUGAGCACCUACCUCGUGGCCUUCAUUAUUUCUGAUUUUAAGUCUAUCAGCAAGAUGACCAAGAGCGGAGUCAAGGUUUCUGUGUAUGCUGUGCCAGACAAGAUAAAUCAGGCAAAUUAUGCACUGGAUGCUGCGGUGACUCUUCUAGAAUUUUACGAGGAUUAUUUUAGCAUUCCAUAUCCCUUACCCAAACAAGAUCUUGCUGCUAUUCCUGACUUUCAGGCUGGUGCUAUGGAAAACUGGGGACUGACAACAUAUAGGGAAUCUUCUCUGUUGUUUGAUGCUGAAAAGUCUUCUGCGUCAAGUAAGCUUGGCAUCACCUUGACUGUGUCCCAUGAACUCGCCCACCAGUGGUUUGGGAACCUGGUCACUAUGGAAUGGUGGAAUGAUCUUUGGCUCAAUGAGGGAUUUGCCAAGUUUAUGGAGUUCGUGUCUGUCAGUGUGACUCAUCCUGAACUGAAAGUUGAAGAUUAUUUCUUUGGCAAGUGUUUUAAUGCCAUGGAGGUAGAUGCAUUAAAUUCCUCACACCCUGUGUCCACACCUGUGGAGAAUCCUGCUCAGAUUCGGGAGAUGUUUGAUGACGUUUCUUAUGAAAAGGGAGCUUGUAUUUUGAAUAUGCUAAGGGAUUAUCUUAGUGCUGAAGCAUUUAAAAGUGGUAUUGUGCAGUAUCUCCAGAAGUAUAGCUAUAAAAACACAAAAAACGAGGACCUGUGGAACAGUAUGGCAAGUAUUUGCCCUACAGAUGGCACAGAAAGGAUGGAUGGCUUUUGCUCUGGAGGUCAACAUUCAUCUUCAUCCUCACACUGGCGACAGGAAGGCCUUGAUGUGAAAACCAUGAUGAACACCUGGACUCUGCAGAAGGGCUUUCCGCUGAUAAUCGUGACAGUGAGAGGGAGGAACGUACACAUACAGCAAGAGCACUAUCUGAAAGGAGCUGACAGCACAGAAACGGGGUACCUGUGGCAUGUUCCAUUGACAUUCAUCACCAGCAAAUCCAACUCGGCCCAUAAAUUUUUGCUGAAGACAAAAACGGAUGUGCUCAUCCUCCCAGAAGAGGUAGAAUGGAUCAAGUUUAAUGUGGGAAUGAACGGCUAUUACAUUGUGCAUUAUGAGGAUGAUGGAUGGGAUUCUUUGACUGGCCUUUUACAAGGAACACACACAGCAAUCAGCAGUAAUGAUCGGGCCAGUCUCAUUAACAGUGCGUUCCAGCUUGUCAGCAAUGGAAAGCUACCGAUUGAAAAAGCCUUGGAUUUAACCCUGUACUUGAAACAUGAAACUGAAAUUAUGCCCGUGUUCCAAGGUAUGAAUGAGCUGAUACCUAUGUAUAAAUUAAUGGAGAAAAGAGAGAUGAAUGAAGUGGAAACUCAAUUCAAGGCCUUUCUCAUCAGGCUGCUGAGGAACCUUAUUGAUAAGCAGACUUGGACUGAUGAGGGCUCCGUGUCCCAGCGAAUGCUGCGGAGUCAGCUCCUCCUGCUUGCCUGUGUGCGCAAGUACCAGCCCUGUGUGCAGAGGGCAGAAGGCUAUUUCAGAGACUGGAAGGAAGCCAAUGGAAAUUUGAGACUGCCCAAUGACGUGACCUUGGCAGUGUUUGCUGUGGGGGCCCAGACUCCUGAAGGAUGGGAUUUUCUUUAUAAGAAAUAUCAGUCGUCUUUGUCCAGUACUGAGAAAGAACAAAUUGAAUUUGCCCUCUGUACUAGCCAAAAUGAGGAAAAGCUUCAGUGGCUACUAGACCAAAGUUUUAAGGGAGAUAUAAUAAAAACUCAAGAGUUUCCAGGUAUUCUUAGAGCUGUUGGCAGAAACCCGGUAGGAUAUCCAUUGGCCUGGCAGUUUCUGAGGGAAAACUGGAAUAAACUUGUAGAAAAGUUUGACCUUGGCUCCCCUUCCAUCGCCUACAUGGUAAUGGGAACAACAAAUCAAUUCUCCACAAGAGCACGGCUUGAAGAGGUGAAAGGAUUCUUCAGCUCUUUGAAAGAAAAUGGUUCUCAGCUCCGUUGUGUCCAACAGACAAUCGAAACCAUUGAGGAAAAUAUACGCUGGAUGGAUAAGAAUUUUGAUAAAAUCAGACUGUGGCUCCAAACUGAAAAGCUUGAACUGCUAUAACAAUUCGUUUCCGUGCCGGUUCCUGUGAUCUAUAAUAACCAGAAUUUUGUGGAAUGUGAAUAUUUUCAAACUAGAGAUGGUUGUUUUGGCUUCUACUGAAGAUACCGUGUUUCCC